GUUCCUUAAAAUUUCCGUCAAAAACACACGAAGUACUUCCUGUUUAUCUGUUGUUCAAACACCCGACUAUUCUAGGGUUUCAACCUUACCACCAAAAAUCGUCAAAACUCUCAAAAUUACCACCAAAUCAAUCCGAUAAACCCUCAAAAUCAUGAGGACUCGAAACGCUAACGCCGUUAAAACGCCGACAUCCCAGAAAAAGACACCGCCGGCGAAAAAGUCCGCCGUCAAAACGCCUACUCCACCCACGCCACCGGUGGAUUCUACGGCGGAGACGACGACGGUGAAGAGAACACCCAAAUCUGUCGCUUCUAAAACUCCCGAAUCCCCCUCUACUCCAUCUAUCGUCGUCCCUAAAUCCGAACCUGCAGAUGAACAAGCACAAGCAUCAGCUGAAAAAGCUAUUGUAUCACCACCUACCAAAGGAACUACUACUAAAAAGGUGACAAAGAGAAUAGUGAAAAGGAAGGUUAUCAGACCCAAGACUCCUGCUUUGGUUAAAGAUGAAACAGUGGCAGCUGCAAAAACGGAUGAUGUUGUUGAAAACAAGGUUGAGGUAGACCGAAAAGACGAGGAUACAACGGAUGUAAAGGUUGUAGAGCUUUUGAAAUCGGAUGAAGUGGUCAUGAAAGAUGCAGAAUCUGUAGAGCAAGAGGAACCAAAAACUGAAGAAAAGGGUGCAGAUGAAGGAGAACCCCCCCUAGACAAGGGGAAAGAAAAGAUGGAUGUUGAUGAAUCAUCAGUUGUGGAAGCUGAGCCAACUGAAAUACCUGUAGUAAAUGAGGAGCCUAAUGAAGUUAUUGAAACCAAGGUGGAGAAGGAUAUGGAUGAUGAAGAUCCCGAGGAAGACGUGGAUGAUGACGUGGAAAAACUGGAGUCUGAAAAAGGGUUACAGGAUAAGUUAGAGAAUGUGGAUGAUGCUCAAAAGCAAGAGAAUAAUGUGGAUGAUGCUCAAAAGCAAGAGAAUAAUGUGGAUGAUGCUCAAAAGCAAGAGAAUUUUAUUGAAAAUGAGAUGCUAAAGAAUAAGGAUGAUGAUGAGAAGAUGGAGAAUUUGGAAAAACAAACUGCUGCUGAACCAGAAGGUGAAGAAGAGGCUUGUGCUGCUGAGGAAAUUGAGUAUGGUGAUGAAGAGGGUUUUGUGGAACCUCGGGAUGAGGACCUUCAAGAGGAUGAGGAGCCUGAGACUGGGGAUGAGAUGAAGGUUUCAUCAGAAGGGGAGCACACGGAAUUGUUUGCAGCAGCAGCGAAAGAGCGCAAGGUCAAGAAAGAACUUGAGAUUUUUGUUGGUGGGUUAGAUCGUGAAGUUGUCGACGAUGAUGUGAAGAAGACCUUUGAGAAGGUUGGAGAUGUGGUUGAAGUUAGACUACUGAAGGAUCCAUCAACAAACAAGAACAGGGGAUUUGCAUUUGUGAGGUUCGCGACUAAAGAUCAAGCUAAGCGGGCCUUAACAGAAAUGAAAAAUCCUGUUAUACGUGGUAAGCGAUGUGGGACUGCGCCUAAUGAGGACAAUGACACUUUAUUCCUGGGAAAUGUCUGCAAUACAUGGACAAAGGAAGCGAUAAAACAAAAGCUCAAAGAUUUUAAUGUAGAAGGUGUUGAGAACAUCACACUUGUUCAAGACCCCCGUCAUGAGGGUUUAAGUCGUGGAUUCUGCUUCAUUCAGUUUGCUUGCCAUGCGGAUGCGAUGUUUGCGUAUAAAAGGCUUCAAAAGCAAGAUGCGGUAUUUGGUCACACCGAGAGGACUGCAAAGGUUGCUUUUGCUGAGCCUCUUCAGGAACCGGAUCCUGAAGUGAUGUCCAAGGUUAAAUCAGUUUUUGUAGAUGGACUUCCUCCUCACUGGGACGAGGAUCGUGUUAGGAAGCAUUUCAAAGUUUAUGGUGACAUUGAACGUAUUACACUGGCUCGCAACAUGUCACAAGCUAAGCGGAAAGAUUUUGGUUUUGUUGAUUUCACUGCUCAUGAGUCUGCCAUUGGUUGCAUAGAGGAUGUGAAUAAAAGGGAGUUGGCGGAUGGAAACUCAAAGACAAAAGUAAGAGCAAGGCUUUCCAAUCCUUUGCCUAAAACCCAAGCUGUGAAAGGAGGAAUGUGUGGUGGUUUUCGAAUUGGCCGACCUACCGGAAGGAGCUUUGGGCGUCCUGCACCUGUUGUGAAUCGACCAAACUUUCAGUAUGGAAGACCUUCACGUGGUCAGUUCAAUGAGCCUGUUGGACCAUAUGGGCGAAGAGUUCCUUUUAAUAGAGGUGGCCAUGGGGCACCUGGGCCUAGUGCUGCUGGAAGACCUAAUUUUGGUGGACCUAGAGAUAUUGAUCGUGGCCUUGCAAGACCUGUUCCUCCAAGGAGAGCCCCAUUCCAACUUGACGAUGGUGGCUAUUCAAGAACUUACAUGGGUAGGCAAUAUGAUGAUCCAUACGUUUAUGAUGACAGCCAUGGAUUAAAGCGCCCAUUUUAUAUGACUGAACAAGAUCCUACUUAUAUGGAGCCAAGUCGAGUUCGUCCUCGAUUUGAUUAUUCCGGUUCUGGUCGUGGUACUCAUUUCAGAGGUACAGAUACUUAUGGAGCUGGCAGUAGCUUUUAUUCAAGUGGAUAUUAUGGUCCUGAUUAUGGUGCUCGACCCAACCCUUCUUUCAACAGCCGGGAUCGUCCUUAUGGAGGUGGUGGUAAUGGGCCUCAUGGUUACUACUAUUAGAUUAAGUGUAGAACCAAGGAAACUAAGGUGAUAGGUUUCAGCAAAGGCUAAUGGACCAGAGGCUUGCUGUUGGGAGCUGUUGUUUCCUGCUUCCUUCUCCACUCUUUUCACUCAUUACUCUACCUGUUCCUUCACUAUCUUUAUAUUUUCUUCAUCACUCGAAACUUGGUGUAGUCGUGUGUUCGUGACAUCAGUUCCGUAUCAUAAGCUGGCUUUAUCUGAUCUAGUCUAGGCUUUUCCCCCCUUUUGAAUGAUUGGGACUAGAGUCCAUCCCAGAUUCGCAUAAUGGAGAAGCUGAAAGAUAAUGGCUUUGAGUGACCGUUCGCAGUUUGAGGAUGUAUUGUUGCCUUGUGGUUUCUAAAGUUAAGUCAUUUGUUCUUACUCGAUCUGUUGUCACAACUUGGAGUAUAAUGAAGAGUGACUUGUGGAGAAGGCUUUUUAGUUAAUGAUAUUAUCUAAUAUUGGAAAGAAACAUAGAAGCCAGCUUCUCUUGUGCUUUUGGGAUUUCUGUGGAAUAAAUCUGAAGAAUAUUUUGGCUGGAAAGAGUGGGUACAGAACUUGUGUCAGUGCUCAAGUAAUGCUUUAUGGAUCCUAGUACUUUGAACUUUUGAAUGUAUCGAUCUCAAUAUUGGAUAUUUUUUUGUUAUCUAA